CUCUCUCUCUCUCUCUCCCCAUUACGAAUUCAGAAAAGAGAAUUCGAAAGUAGGAAUAAGCAUGGUGGAUAUACAACCAUCAGACGUCCCUUUGAACGGCGUCGGAGAACCCCUCGCGGUGGUUUCAUGUGAGACCGUUGCAUCCAAACGCCAGCGACGUCCCAGCUUCCGCUUAGGCGAUAUCGGCGGCGGUCAACCUUACGACUCUCAUUUCCGACGAUCCUCCUCUUCCUCCGGAUCCGGCGCCGCUUCCAAGCAGUGGAAACACCAAUCCCAUCUUCCGCUAAGCCCCUCAGCAGCCGUCGCCAAUGCUAAAUCGUCCAAGACUCGCGCCCUAACCAAUCUCAGCACUGACGUCAACGCCAGCAACGAGACCCUCGAUAACGAAAGAGAAGCUAACAACAACAACGGAAAUUUAGACGGCGUUGCGAUUAGUAGCUGGAGAGUCAAAGAUUCCAAGAAACGGGGGAACACUACGAAGCGGGUUCGAUCCAAUUGGGUCCCCAAAUUCGACGAUUCCAGUGGCGGAAAUCUCAACAUCAGCAGCAAUAAUGCGGAAACAGAGGGAAAAUACAGUGGCAACGUUGAUAACGAUGACUUCGAAUUGGAGAACUCGGAAAGUCCCAUGAAGAGCCAGAGUCCAGUACUUUCUUUGGAUAAACUGCGUGUCAAUGGCAAUGAAAGGGAAAUUCUUUAUCAUGGGAGUAAUCGAAGGAGGCCAAUUCGGACUCGGGUUCCAGAUGGGAUUGAGUUAUCUGGGCCAUCUGAUACCGAAACGAGACGGUGUGAGGAAGAUGGGGUUAGGAUAUGGUUGAGUAGUUUGGGGUUAGGAAGGUAUGCCCCGGUUUUCAAGAUCCAUGAAGUGGAUGACGAGAUUUUGCCAUUGUUGACAUUAGAGGAUUUGAAGGACAUGGGAAUAAAAGCAGUUGGCUCUCGAAGGAAAAUGUUUUGCGCGAUCCAAAAGCUCGGUAAAAGCUUUUCGUGAUGGUUUUUUGAUAUGGUUGUAGGGUUUCUGAAAGCAGAAUUUUGUCAGACAUGACAAUGUAAGAAGCUUUUUGUAUGUUUACCUUCUUUUUAUAGUGAAAUGUAGGAGAAUCAGUAGGAUUUUUUGUUAGUGUUGCAACUUCUUUGCAGUGCAUUGUGCUAACUACUGUUUGUUGAGAACUUUAUUGGGAAACAAUGAGAUAAUACCAGCUUUUCUUUUGGUUAAAGGAAAGUGGUUGACAGAACUCAUAAGUAAGGUAAUUUA